AUGACUGUAUCAUCUCCAGAAGUUUUGUUAGAUAAUAAACAAUUUAACGAAAAGCAAAUAUCUAUGGUAUUGGUAUUAUUAGCUGAAAUAAUAACUGAUCAAUACAUUUUGAUCAGUAAUUGGAUAUGA